AGAGUUCCUAGGCGCCCUGUGAGACUGACUAGACGGGUCAAUUUCAGCAGCGGGGUUGGCGGUGCCCGUGGAAAUCCCUAGCAGGCCAGGCAGGGCUCUGAGGACCAAGGGGGAUAUUGUUGCAGCAGCAGCAGCAGCUCUGCUUUGCAGUUCCAGCGCCUGGGACUUGAUCCCCUCCUCCCUCUUUCCCCCCGAGUCCGGGACUGUAAGAGAUCAAAGGCAUUUUUGUGUGGAAGUGGAGAUCUGCUCUUGGCUUUUAUUACACCAGCUCGGUGGGGGUGGGAGAUCGCUCCCCAGCCAGGGGUAGACGUGGCUGAGAAGGAAUUGGAUUUGCAACUUUGCCUGUUGGAAACGCAGGGGAGUUCCUGGGGAGGUACUGGGAGCACCACGACAACCUCUCCGCUAGGACUGUCUGACCAAGGUCUGAUCGCCCAGCCCCCCGGGGGUCUGCAGCGUGGCUGGCAGAGACGGCACGGAGAGGAAUGCCAGCAUGAGGGGGAUAACAGAGAGAGAGAGGGUCUAUAACUUCCAGAUGGAAAGAAGCACAUAAUCCCUUUGGGAAGAAUUAGGGAAUCAUCGGUGCAGCUCAGCCUGAUGCGAAGGAAGCAAAACAUGACCCCUCAUUCUCUGAGGGUUUUACACAGGUUCGGGUAAGAGGCCAGACUCUUCUCAAUGCAAACGCUCCCGGCCCCCUCCUCCAAACAGCUUGGCUUUGUCUUGUGGGGCCCUGUUGCUGCUUGGAGUCGGUCCCCAAGCACAGAACUAUUUUUUGUUUAAGUGAUUGCAUGUUCUUUAACCACACUGCAUCCCCACUUCCGUCCUCUUCAAGAGGAAAGUGACUCCUAGCUGCAUUUAUCACCAUUAAUGGAGAGAUCCUUUUAUAAAGGCUUUUUUUUUUUAUGUCUCGUGGAAUUUUAAAAUAUUUUUCUUGCUGGGCUUGUCCUCCAUUCGAGAGCAUUUUGAGGAGUUGCUAUGUGCGCGCCCAUGGCUUUAUGAACCGGAGGAAUCUGAGGACCUCUUCCUUUCACUCCCUUACCACUCCGACCUGUCCAUGAUGGGGCGAGAGCAGGAGCUGAUCCAGGCUGUGAAAAAUGGGGAUGUACCUGGUGUGCAGAAACUGGUGGCCAAGGUCAAAGCAUCCAAGAGCAAGCUCCUGGGAUCAGCCAAGCGACUGAAUGUGAAUUACCAAGACGCGGACGGGUUCUCAGCACUGCACCAUGCGGCCCUGGGCGGGAGCCUGGAGCUCAUCUCCCUGCUGCUGGAGGCACAGGCCACUGUUGACAUAAAGGACAGCAAUGGGAUGCGCCCGCUGCACUAUGCUGCCUGGCAGGGGAGGGUGGAGCCAGUCCACCUGCUGCUGCGGGCAGCCGCCUCGGUCAACAUGGCGUCACUGGAUGGGCAGAUCCCGCUGCAUCUGUCUGCGCAGUAUGGGCACUACGAGGUGUCAGAAAUGCUGCUCCAGCACCAGUCCAACCCGUGUCUCAUCAAUAAGGCGAAGAAAACCCCCCUGGACCUGGCCUGUGAAUUUGGCCGGCUUAAGGUUGCCCAGUUGCUGCUGAACAGCCACAUGUGUGUUGCGCUCCUGGAGGGUCAGUCCAAAGACACGAGUGACCCCAACUACACCACCCCUCUGCACCUGGCAGCCAAGAAUGGGCACAAGGAGAUAAUCAGGCAGCUGCUGAAAGCUGGAAUUGAGAUCAACAGGCAGACGAAGACGGGCACAGCCCUGCACGAGGCAGCGCUCUACGGCAAGACGGAGGUGGUGCGCCUGCUGCUGGAGGGUGGUGUAGACGUGAACAUCCGAAACACCUAUAACCAGACGGCCCUGGACAUCGUGAACCAGUUCACCACCUCGCAUGCCAGCAAGGACAUCAAGCAACUGCUGAGAGAGGCAUCAGGAAUCCUGAAAGUCCGAGCUUUAAAGGAUUUCUGGAACCUCCACGAUCUGACCGCUCUCAACAUCCGGGCAGGAGAUGUCAUCACGGUCCUGGAGCAGCAUUCCGACGGGCGCUGGAAGGGGCACAUCCACGACACUCAGAAAGGCACCGAUCGGGUCGGCUACUUUCCUCCCUCCAUCGUCGAGGUCAUCAGCAAGCGGACAGGCAUGACUCUUCCCCGCAUGGUGCCUGCACAUCAGCGCCAGUGCAUUGCUGCCCCUCCCGGCGGGCUGCAGCCACUCCCAGGUGAUGCUCUGCAGCAGGCACCCUACAGCCACCUCACCUUAACCACGACGGCCCUGGGGCCUGAGGACUCAGCAGGAGACAGGAACAGUGUGGGGAGUGAAGGCAGCAUUGGCAGCAUUCGCAGUGCCGGCAGCGGGCAGAGCACUGAGGGCACCAACGGGCAGGGCACCAGUAUCCUCAUUGAGAACGCCACGCCACUUCCCCCUGGUGGUGAGGACCUACAACAGCACCUCUUAGGAUCAAAUAGCCAGAAUGGGCAGCUGAACUCCAUGCCAGGAACCCUUGGGUGCCAGAACCUGGCCAACUGUAACGCCAGCAACAGGAUCUUCUCUCACCAAUACCUCCGCCCUGAACAGCUCCUGGAGGGAAAGGAUGCAGAAGCCAUUUACAACUGGCUGAGUGAGUUCCAGCUGGAGUUCUACACGGCCAACUUCCUCAAUGCCGGCUAUGACGUCCCCACCAUCAGCCGCAUGACCCCAGAGGACCUAACAGCCAUUGGGGUGACUAAGCCGGGGCACAGGAAGAAAAUCUCCACUGAGAUUGGACAGCUCAGCAUUGCAGAGUGGCUGCCCAAUUACAUUCCUGCCGACCUGAUGGAGUGGCUGAGUGCCAUUGGGCUGCCCCAGUACCAUAAGAAACUGGUGAGCAAUGGCUAUGACUCCAUCAGCAUCGUAACAGACCUGACGUGGGAGGACCUGCAGGAGAUUGGCAUCAACAAGCUGGGCCACCAGAAGAAGAUCAUGCUGGCUGUCAAGAAGCUGACAGACAUCCGCAAGAACCUGAACCAAGCCGAAACCAAUCCGGCAAGACGCAAAAUCCCUGGGGCCCUGGACAUAGUCACCAUUGAGUCUGUUGAGAAUGGAGAGUCCCAAUCUCCACACACGCCCAAGAUGAUAACCUUCCAGGACAGCGAGCUGAGCUAUGAGCUCCAAACAGCCAUGUCCAAUAGCUGCCAGGAAACGCUGCCCAUGAACACUCAGGGGAUGUCACGGAGUCAGGAGAGCAUUGGAAUGCGCUCCAGGGGCUCAGGGCAUUCUCAGGACAACAUGUUGUCCAGGACCAUCCUCUCCAGCCAUUCCCAGGAGAGCCUGGGCAGCGGCGGCAGCAGCAGCAGCAGCGGGCACUCUUCCACACAGUCCCGGCAGAAGGAGAACGCUAACAUUCUGCCAGGGAGACCUAACCAAGAUAAUUAUGGGAAGGUUAUUACCCAGCUGACCACCCAAGAAGGACUGAAUGGCUACUCCAAUGGGUAUGGGGGAAACCCUCUGAAAGAGAGGAACCUCCCUGAAGGGACGGAUCAGUACCAGCACCCCGUGGCUCAGAAAGGCAGCGUUCCACUGUUACAGCCAUCCAACUCUCUACCAGCAGCAACCCCCUGCACCCCACCCCAGGCGCCCAAUAAGGGCACAGCACCCUAUGUCUUCAUGUAUCCUCAUAUCUCCUUGAAAUCCCCCAGUGUUCCUGAGCAGCCCAAGAACCCAGCACACCUGUAUCCCCAGUUCUCCUCUUCCCAGAGAAGCAAUCUCCAGUCAUCAGCUCAGAAAGCUUUCUCCUAUCUCCAUUCCCACUGCAGUGGCACGGAAUCACCAUACGUGUCUCCAAAGCCUGGUGCCACCCUGGACUCCUGGCAGGCUGGAGAACAGCAAAAUGGAGACAUCUUCAAGUACAAGAAGCGCUCUCACAGCCUGAACCGCUACGCUCUGUCGGAUGGCGAGCAUGAGAAGGAGGAGGUACCCACUAGCACCCUGGGCUCCUACGCAACCCUCACCCGCCGCCCGGGACGGAGCCAAGUGCCACGCACCUAUCUGCAGUCAGACACCAAGGUCGUUCGCAGCCAGUCCUUUGCCAUCCGGGCAAAGAGGAAAGGGCCACCACCCCCUCCGCCCAAGCGCCUGAGCUCUGUCUCCAGUGCCCAGGCUGUGGAGGCAGAGGGGGAGUCAGGUCUGGAAUCAGAGAGAAGGCCGACUGUUGCCCAAGAGUCAGUGGAUGUGGCUCCCUCACCAUGGCUGGGCACCAGCGAUGCAGGCAGCAGUCAAACAGUGAAGAGCAAGGCUGCAAUGCUCGAGGUGUCCACCGUAGGUGGGAGUCCACCAAAGCCCCCAACUCCAGAUCACGAGCUAGUUUCUAGAGCAGGCUCAGAUGGUCAGCCCUGUGGAGCCAGGGUCUCUGAAGGCUCCUGCAGCACAAGGCUCUCGGAUAAUGAGAGACAUGCCUUUGAGAGCAACAGGCCCCGCCGACGCACGUUUAGCGAACCCAGCGUCACCACGAUGGAAGCCUUGCAAAGCAGCCUGGAGGACGUCCAGUCAGACACAGAGGAGGAGGUGAGAUCUGGCCCAGAGGACUGUGAGAUCUCAUCAUCGUCCUCUCAGAACAGCUCCAGUGAGUGCAUUCCAUUUGCAGAAGAAGGCAACUUAACCAUCAAACAGCGACCAAAGCCUCCUGGGCACCACAAGGCAGAAGCUACCAGCCUGGACUCUGAGUCCAGCCCCCCAACAGCUGCCAGUGUGGGGCCUUCCUGCUCUUCUGCUGGAAAGGAGCUGGGAGGAACCACAGUGAAAGAGUUGGAAGUGUUGGAAUUCAACCUCACCGAGUCUGACACAGUGAAGCGGAGGCCCAGGUACAAGGAGAGGGAGCCACUACAGACUCUGCUAAAAGCAUUCAGCGUGGCUGGCCAGAGCCAGGCUCUUGCGAGUCCGCCCCCACAAUAUGCACAGGCCCAAGCCGUAAGCAUCAUGGGCCCAACGCUGGAGCCCGGGGGAAACGGAGACGUUUUUGAUGAUGACAGUGUGGAAUUCAGAAUUGCUGAGAUUGAGAAGAGCAUCCUGUCUCUGGAGAAGGGGAUCAAAAAGUCUCCACUUCCUCUGAAAUCAUCCAGCCCUGGGGAGCUGCAUGGGGGUGCUGUCCUCCUGAGGACCUCCACUGUAGGGCCAGAUGCCUCAGCCAAGCACACGUCUGUUGCGUCUACAAAACUGGUAUUUUCAGGGCCAAAAACGAUUUAUCAGCAAGUCCUGCAGCCCUCUCGGAAUACCAUUGCCCCCUGGGCAACUGCCGAGAUGGCACCAGAGGUGGCAGGAUCCACGGCUGUUGCCUGCCCAUCGAAACUGGAGAUUGGCAACAAGACAGCCUUGAGCAACGGGAUGCCCAUUUUUAUGAAGCCUUUGAGUGCCACUCCGGAUGCAGCCCUGGCUCAGCAGAGACUGGAACAGACCAACUCUUCCCUGACAGCUGCGCUGCAGGCUGCUGAGAAAAAAAUAACAGCCGAGGAGUUGGACAGUCAUUACGGGGCUACGCACUCGGCUAAUAACAUCCUGGAAGACAUCAGCAACAUGUUCGAUGACCUGGCUGACCAGCUGGAUGCCAUGUUGGACUGAGAUUUGGUCGCCUGCCACUCAGUUGCUGUGCUAAUUCCUGAAGGGGGGUGGCCCUGAAGUCUGCCCAGGGAUUACUACAGCUGCUCUGAUCUUUCUCCCUCCUGCACUUUAGGGCUUGGAGUGUGCACCUCCCUCAUCUUUCCUGGCCCACUCAGGGCAGCCCAGUCACAGCCCCAGGGAAUUUCCCAUAUGUCCCUUUGCAGCUGCAGGAGAUGAGCACAAGGAAGAGGCAACUACACCUUUCCACCCUCAGCAGCAUUUGAGUGAGUGCACUAACUCUCACUCCUGGGGGUCCAGCCUCCCCUAAGAAAUGAGCUCUGCUUCCUCAGGGGCCUUUUUCCUCACUAGCCCUAAUGCUGAGUCCUGCCUCUUAUUAUUUAAACCCUGCCAAAAGUAUGUUGAGGGAGAGGACCUCCUUAGGCAGGCACAGCAGAGCCAAGCACUUAUUUCAGCAGUCGACAGGCCCUGCUGGGGCUGCGCAUUAAGACAGGACUUGUUGCAGCUUGGCAGCCUUCUGGGUGAGAAGAAACUUGCCUGCUUUAUUUGGUGCUUUUUAAGCAUGUCACUGAAAGGCAGCGUGUAAUCAAGUGGAUUUAAAUCCCCACAGCAAUGCCCUCGGAGCCACGCUGGCACAGUCUGUACCCCAUAAAGGAGCAAACAGGCUCAAACAACAACUUUGUCAGGAAAUUAAGAUCUACCUGACCCCCUCCCUAAGCUUCCUGCAUGGAUUCAUUCCUGGUAAAUGGCUGGGAUGAGCAUCUUUUGGGCUAGUCAGUGGCAGUCUGGCUGGAGCAUGUUGCUGCAGUGGAGGGUGCCCUCUGCUGGCUCUGAUUG